GGGGGGAAGGCUGAGCAGACUAGCCCAGCCGCCCCCCCCCCCCGUCCUCAGUCGAGGCUUCCCUUAGACCUGCCACCCUUUUCGGAGGUGGAAACUCAGGGGUUAAAUUGAAGGGGGUGCAGCGUGUCAGGGCCAGAGGGUUGCAUGGAGCCUCCAUGUUCAGAGACAGUCUUCCUUGGAAAUACUAGGUGCUGCUGGGGAUGGGGGAGCAAAGGGUAAAGGCAGGGUUCUUCCCUUCUUCCCUUAUGAGCUCCUUGGAGCUCUGGCUGGUCUCUGGGGAGGCUGGCCUUGAUGGACCUUCGCCCUGUUGGUUCUCUUGAGCUUCUUGCAUGCUGUGAUAGCUGAGAGUGGGAUCUCUGCUUUCAGAGGAAGGCUGGCUCUUGAGACCAGAGACAGGGGGUUGCCUUUGUGACCUGCUGAUGAGCUCCCCUGUUUUCUCUUGGGAUGCUGGGACCUCUGCUUUGAUAUGGCAUGGCAAGCCCUACGGACCAGGGUCAUAAAGUGAAGCCAGUGAGAGAUUGGAAUUCCUAGUCUCCCCUGCUCCACUAGUCUCCUAGUGGUGAGCUCCUUGGAGGCCUCUGGGUAGCUUCAGUUAUGACCAGGAUGCUAGAUUAGAUGGACCUUUGAUUGGCUCUACCAAAGCAAUUCCUGUGCUCUUAUUGGCCGUCGUAGUUAGGACUGGGGCUUCCAUAUUCAGAGACCGCCUAACUCUGAAGGCCUGAUGCUGGGAGAGAUGUGGAGAUGGAGUUAUGGCCUUCAUGCCCUGCUGAUGAGCCUCCUGGAGGCAUCCAAAUAGCUGCUGCUGGAACCAAAUGCUGCUCCAAUCCAGCAGGGCAGGUUUUCUAUUCAUAGAGUGGGGACAGUCAGUCUGUGUGGGCAGUAGGAUGCCACAAGUGUCAGCACUCGUGGACCUUUAAGUAGCUUCCUUCUACAAAACACGUGUAUCAGAGCAAGUUAUUAUACCACAGCAUUGAAGGAGGUGAGGAAAACCAGCAGCUGCCAGAUCUGCCUCUCUUACGCAGUGGUUGAAGUGAAUUACCGUAAAUGGGAUUGUAAUGUUUCUCCUCUGAAAAGAUGAAGGGCUGAGUGGAUUCUUUUGGGAUUCAUACCUGUUAACCUAGGGAAGAGCUGAUGCCGAGACCGAAUUUCAGGAAGGGACCAUGGAUCAGCCCAGUGGGAGAAGUUUCAUGCAAGUUCUUUGUGAGAAAUACAGCCCUGAAAACUUCCCGUAUCGCCGUGGCCCCGGAAUGGGCGUGCACGUCCCAGCCACACCUCAGGGCUCACCUAUGAAAGAUCGGCUCAACCUCCCAAGUGUGCUGGUGUUGAAUAGCUGCGGCAUAACCUGUGCCGGAGAUGAGAACGAAAUUGCUGCCUUCUGUGCUCAUGUGUCUGAACUGGAUCUUUCUGACAACAAACUGGAAGAUUGGCAUGAGGUCAGUAAAAUUGUGUCAAAUGUCCCUCACUUGGAGUUUCUAAACCUGAGUUCCAACCCUCUGAAUUUGUCGGUUUUAGAGAGGACGUGUGCUGGAUCUUUCGCCGGUGUUCGCAAACUUGUGCUCAACAACAGCAAAGCUUCUUGGGAAACAGUCCAUAUGAUCCUGCAAGAAUUGCCAGACUUAGAGGAACUCUUCCUGUGCCUUAACGACUAUAAAACGGUGUCUUGUUCUCCAGUUUGUUGCCACUCGCUCAAGUUACUUCACAUAACUGACAAUGAUCUCAAAGACUGGCCUGAAAUCCGAAAAUUGGGGAUAAUGUUCCCCUCGCUAGAUACACUCGUCUUGGCCAAUAAUUACCUGAUGACCAUCGAGGAUUCGGAAGAUUCUCUAGCAAGGCUGUUCCCAAACUUGCGAUCUAUCAGCCUACACAAGUCAGGUCUGAGCUGCUGGGAAGACAUUGACAAACUCAAUUCUUUCCCCAAGCUUGAGGAAGUGAGGCUGUUGGGGAUUCCUCUCCUUCAGCCGUACACCAAUGAGGAGCGCAGGAAGCUGGUAAUAGCCAGGUUACCAUCUAUCACUAAGCUGAAUGGGAGCGUCAUUUCAGAUGGUGAACGAGAGGACUCCGAGAGGUUUUUUAUUCGUUAUCACAUAGACUUCCCCCAAGAGGAGGUUCCUUUCAGGUAUCAUGAGCUAGUGACAAAAUACGGGAAGCUGGAAAAGCUGGCAGUGGUCGACCUCCGGCCCCAGAGCAGCGCUAAGGUUGAAGUUCACUUCAAGGACCAGGUGGAGGAGAUGACCAUCCGCCUGGAUCAGACAGUCGCAGAAUUAAAGAAACAGUUGAAAACAUUGGUCCAGUUGCCAACCAGCAGCAUGCUUGUUACCUACUUUGACCACGAAGCUCCCUUCGGUCCUGAGGAGAUGAAGUACAAUUCGCGGGCGUUGCAUUCUUACGGCAUCCGGGAUGGAGAUAAGAUCUAUGUGGACUCCAAAGCCAAAUAGCCUUCUGCAUGGCCACGUCCUCCACCCUGUGCGUGCAGUCAAGGACUCCUGCAGGGGGGUUUCAUUUUGGUCCAUCGGACGAGGUUUGGUUUGGUUUUAUAUUUGUACCAGGUAGCUUCUCUAGCCCAGGUUAGCAGGUCCAGAUCAGUGAGACGUGCGCCAUGAUCCAGUGCAGAUUGUGGUUCUAAUGGUUUUAAGAGGAGGUAACUGACUUCAAGUGUUUGUGUGGGUUUUCUUAUUUGGUUUCAAUAGUACCUUGACAUUCUCCCAACCACUCCGGUAUACCUGUGAAUUUAGCAUGGAAGUCCUUCCUUCAGAGCUUCAAAGGUGAUUACGGCCACACAAUCAGGGAGUUCAAGCUUCGGACGACAGAUGAAGCAUGUGUCAAAUAUAUUUUGUAUGGCUGUUGUUCAGUCGGCAGUCAGGCUCCAGUUACAAACAACUGCAUUGCCAUCCUUCACCUGAGUGGCCUGUCCCUUAGUUACCUGAAGUUAGAUGGGAAGCAAAAUGGUAGUCUGCUACCAGACCUAAGCCUGCAGGAUAUCCGAUCCCCUUUUGGAUUUCAGUUCACUGAAGGAGCACAAACGUCUGACAGAGAUACGCACACAAUAAAGGCUGCAGCUUCCAAAGCACAGAAUCCAGGGCACUCUGCUGAGUUGUGUUCACUUUAACAACCUUUUUGGUUUGCACUCUAGGAUAACAUGGGGCCAGCCUUGGUGCAGAAAGCACUAGGUAGAAAUUGAUAGCACUUUGUACCAUGGGCUGAUCCACAUUGGCAGCUAUGACAGUAUGUUGAUAGUAUACUGACAAACAUUAGUUCUCUCAUUGAUGGUUGUAAGAUCAAUGGUUCCUAUGAUGGCCGGCAACCCAGCUGUUUGCCAAAGGACCCUGAACCCCUUUGUUGUAUUUUUAAUUAUAUAUUCAUCCCACCCUUUCUUCAAAAUGCUCAGGUUGGGGUAUGUAGUUCUCCUUCCCUCCCCCACCCCCAGCCAGCUUCAUUUUAUGAUCACAACAUCCCUACUUGGGUAGAGUAGGUUAACAGAGGGUCAUCGAGGGACACCGAGUGGGGAUGUGAGUCCUGGUUUCCCCAGUUGCCCAGCAUCCUAAAUCACUACCCCACAGCAGAAACCAAAACUUUGGCCCUUUCAGAGGUGUAGAGGGGUGUGUGUGUGUGUGUGUGUGUGUGUGUGUGUGUGUGUGUGUGUGUACUUAGCACUUCUUAAGCCAAAACUAGAACAGGCUGGGUUCCCUUACCUUCAUCAGGUUAAGCAGUGAGGGAGCGACUUUACCCAAACCAUCCACAGAAGAGGCCCACCAAUGGUUUCCCCAUUUGUCAUUUCCAAGCGCCAUGAGACAUGAACUAAGUAACUCUGCCCCGUCUCUGCACAAUUUGCAGUUGAAGCUUUCAGUCACCUCAACAGGAGAAGCAACAUAAUUGCCCCUCCUUGGAGGAGGUUGUCUCUGCAUCUGUAUGAGUUGCUACGCUAGACUUGCUUACUUCCAGUCAAAAGAGGGUCUGGGACAAUGACUCAUGCAGCAUCUCAGAAGGUGGGCUUCUCUGAAAACAGACUGUCGAUCCUUACCCAUCUAAAAAAUAAAGUUCCAGUGUUAUUUGAGGGGCUGGGGGAUGCUGUGUUUCACCUAUAAAAAGUGUGGGAAGCUACCACCAAGGGCAUAAAAUGCAUGGCAUUGUUCUUAGACCCCCCCCCUCCCGCCCCCUGCCCAUGUUUCCCUAGAUCUCUCUUAUGGUGGUUCUAUAAAAUCCAUUCCUUAAAAGAAAGGGAAAGUCUGCUUUGUAAGUCAGGCAGGGCUUCUCUCAGCAGUGUCCUUCCUUGGUCAUCUGUCAGUUUGACAAGUCAGGAGCUGGAGAAUGACUUGGUCUUACACAAGUACGUUGCGGGGGGUUGUUUUCCAAGCAGUAGCACCACAGUUCUUGUUACCUACAAAUUUUUGACCUUGGUUGCUUAACCUUGACUCCCUAACAUGCAGCAAGCAGUGCUUUCCCAUGAUGCUUCUGGUCUCUCAUGACGCUUCUUUUUUAUGUAUCCAAGAGUGUGAGAGGGCUUUUCUCCCCCCCCACCCCCGCCUGCCCCCUUAAUGUCUGCAUUGUGGAAAAUCAAAGCAGUCAUCUCAUCCUCUUCCUGUUUGCAGGGGGCGCUUAAUGUAGAGGAGGUAUCCCACUAGGGCCCAUCCUGCCUGUACACUAGAUGUAGUUUAAGGCAGAUUUUUUUGUUUGUUUGUUUAGAGAAGAAUUCCUCCACAUCAGACGUCUUCUCCCCAUAACAAUCUUCUAAAGAUGAGCAAUAUAGAGCAGAUUGAGGCUUGCAUGUGGAGCCAUAUUAGUCGAUUAUCUUUAUUUGACUGGCUCCCAGUAAGAAAUAACUAUAUAUGUCUAUGUAGAGUCAUUCCAGGAUAAUGCAAUGCAAUGACUCUGGGUUUUAUAAGCUGUAGCAUAGCUGAGGCCGUUGUUUCCUCUCCAGUGGGGUAGCGAAGCACCUUCUUGCUAUCCCACGAUGGAGCUCCAAACCAACGCUUUAUGUACGAUGUGUGUGUAUAUGUAUAUUUAGACAUAAUGGGAAAUGGUCAUGUUAAUAAGAUAUUUUAUUAUAAAGCAAAGAUUUAUUGAAAGAAGGGGGUUGUGUAAUAAUAUUAAAAGAAUAUUAUUUCAUCUGUGGACCUACUGUAUACAGUACAUUAGCCCUGCAGUCCUACAGAGAUCUGGGUUGGAAGGCUGAAUCGAGUGUAAAGGAAUGGCUAAUUGAAUUGUACGGAUCAGUAUUUCUUUUUCCUUCCUCCCCCAUCCCACAGAAUAUUUAUGUGGUGCUGACAGGCACUAUUGAGAUACUGUAACUACUGGCCAGCUCUGUUCGCCGCGCAACUGUUGGCUUCCUAGAUGGAAAUAUACUGAGUAUUAAAAGUUCAUUGAAGGACUCAAUUGAAGAUCCAUGUAUGUGUGUUUCUGAUCUUGCGAAAGAAUAUCAUUGUCAAAAUCUGAAUAUUGUCUCUGCAGUGCACAACAAUCCAGGGCUGCGUGACCUCCGUGCUUAGUAAAACACGCAUACACAGUAUUGCCUAGAAUUCUGUGAUGUAUGAUUUAUGCAAAUAAAACAAAUUUGCAUA